AUGUUCCCCGUGCCGUCGUUGCCUCUUACCCCAUCCCUCUCACACACCCCCUCUCCCCUCCCCCUCUUCCCCCACCGCGACCCCUCGCCCCCUUGCCCCCACCCCGGCCCCCUGGCCCCCCGGACCCCCGGCCCCCUCCCCCCUCCCUUCCCUCCCCUUCUUUCUCCUCCCUCACUCCCUCUCGCCCUUCCUCCGCUUCCUCCGCGCAUCAGCGCGGCGGAGGCGCCGCUGGACGUGCGCGCGUUCAAGGCGGAGCACGGGGAGGCGGAGCUGGAGACGGAUCCCGCGCGGCUGUGGGAGCGGUACGUGGCGUGGCUCUACAAGGACGAGGCGCUGGGGCUCGAACUCGACGUCAGCCGCAUGGGCGUCACGGACGCCUUUGUCGAGGCGAUGGAACCUAAGGUGAGCCUGUGUGUGCGGUGGGCGAGGUGGGCGCGCCUAUGGGUGCGGUACGUGGCGCGGCUGUGGGAGCGGUACGUGGCGUGGCUGUACAAGGACGAGCACCUGGGGCUCGAGCUCGACGUCAGCCGCAUGGGCGUCACGGACGCUUUUGUUGACGCCAUGGAGCCGAAGUUCGCGGCGGCGUUCAAGGCGAUGGACGAGUUGGAGAAGGGCGCGAUCUCAAACCCCGACGAGCGGCGCAUGGUGGGGCACUACUGGCUGCGCAAGCCGCAGAUCGCCGCCAGCCCCACGCUCAGGAAGGAGAUCGAGGAGACCAUUGACGCCGUUGACGCCUUCGCCACCGCUGUUGUUAACGGCACGAUAAAGCCUCCCCCGUGCCCAGCCGGCCGGUUCACCCAGGUGCUAUCUGUGGGCAUUGGAGGCUCGGCGCUCGGCCCUCAAUUCGUCUCCGAGGCUCUCGCAGGCACCAAUCCUCCGCUCCAGGUGCGGUUUGUGGACAACACGGACCCAGCGGGCAUCGACCGCCAGCUGGACCAGAUCGGAGCAGAGCUCUCCUCCACGCUCGUGCUCGUCAUCUCCAAGAGCGGUGGCACGCCAGAGACGCGCAACGGCUUGCUGGAGGUGCAGAGGGUGUUUCGUGAGAAGGGGCUGGACUUUGCCCGGCAGGGGGUGGCGAUCACACAGAGGGGGUCCCUGCUGGACGACACCGCCCGCAUGGAGGGGUGGCUCGCCCGCUUCCCCAUGUUCGACUGGAUCGGCGGACGCACCUCUGAGGUCUCGGCUGUCGGCUUGCUGCCUGCUGCCCUGCAGGGCAUCAACAUCCGUGAGAUGCUGCGAGGAGCGGGCGCCAUGGAUGAGGCAACACGCAUUCACAAGAUCCGCAGCAACCCAGCGGCACUCCUGGCACUCUGCUGGUACUGGGGGUGUGACGGCAUCGGUUCCAAGGACAUGGUGGUGCUACCGUACAAGGACAGCCUGCUGCUCUUCAGCCGCUACCUGCAGCAGCUGAUCAUGGAGUCCGUGGGCAAGGAGUUCGACCUUGAUGGCAAACGGGUGAACCAGGGACUGACGGUGUACGGCAACAAGGGCAGCACAGACCAGCACGCCUACAUCCAGCAGCUGAGGGAGGGCGUGCCCAACUUCUUUGCCACGUUCAUCGAGGUGCUCUCGGACAGGCAGAGUGGCCGCGACUGGGAGCUGGAGCCGGGGGUCACGUGCGGGGACUACCUCUUCGGCCUGCUGCAGGGCACGCGCUCUGCCCUGUACACCAACAAGCGCGAGUCCAUCACGCUGACCAUAAAGGACGUGGAUGCAGCAACGGUGGGCGCCAUCAUUGCUCUCUAUGAGCGCGCCACCGGGCUGUACGCCUCACUCAUCAACGUCAACGCGUAUCACCAACCAGGAGUGGAGGCGGGCAAGAAGGCAGCAGCAGAGGUGCUGUCGCUGCAGAAGAGAGUGCAGGCUGUGAUCAAUGAUGCGAGCUGCAAGGACCCAGUGGAAGCUCUUACCAUCCCGCAAAUCGCCAAGCGUGCUCAUGCAGAGGCACAGAUUGAGACAGUGUACAAGAUCAUCCGCCACAUGGCAGCCAAUGACAGGGCAAUUAUGAUUGGAUCUGACAUCAACACACUUACGGUGCUUGCGGAAGAAUGUCCUCCGGAGUUGUAG